UCUGACAGUCGUUGUUCCCUUUAACCGAGGCAGUCGUGAAGAACUCGCCGGCCUGGUGAGGCGAUGCGCCUCAAUCGCGCGUACUCCUGCGUACAGCGGGUCGUGAUUAGUCUCAUGACACACCACAGACGUGCAAUCACAGAUUUACAAACAUGAGAGACGUGAGUUCCUAGUGAUUUGUGUCGAAAUCAUUUCACAAAUAAUUGCCUAGAUGCCAAGGAAUAAUGGAGACGAGGUUGAUAAUCGUGAAUGAAAAAAAAAUCUCAUCAAUUAUUUAUCAACUCAUUCGGAAGAUAUCGUUUGACAAUCGAAGAAGAUGGCGAGCAGUACGGAGGACUACGGCUCUGAGCUGCAGGAGCUCCAGUGGGGUGGUGGUGGGUCCUCUCAUUUUCUGCGUAACAGCGGUGGUGGGUUUCUGAGGAGCGGUGGCGGGGGUGGUGCUGGGGGAUGUUACGAGGCUGAGGAUCUCGAACCGUCGGCGGGGAGACAUCGGAGUACGCAGAAUAGAGGAUAUUACAGCCCACCUGGGACUAGUUACACCAUUGUGGAGAGACCACCAAGUGCACCGCAUCAUCAUUCCUCUCAUGCAACUCCGUACAGACAUCGGGGACAUGGAACUGGUGGUGGUGGUGCUAUAUCGCCAGAGCAAGUUCUCAGAUUAUUCAACAAUGGAGUAGCUGAAAGACGACAAAAUGAACGUCGCACCCCAGCGUCAAGUCCAGCGAGUGUCUCAGCUCUUCGUGGGGCGAGUUCUGCCUCUCAACAGCAGACACAGCCAGCGAAUUCAACCCCACAAUCGCCUCAAGCCCUCAGCCUUCAAGAGCUGACUGUCAGAACAAUUACCAUGACUCGCGAUCCCCCAGACUCCCACCAUGGCUUUGGUAUAUGUGUUAAAGGGGGCAAAGACGCUGAAGCGCAGUCAGGUGUGGGUGUGUAUAUCUCAAGAGUGGAGGAGGGCUCGGUGGCAGAGAGAGCUGGCCUCAGACCGGGUGACACAAUCCUUGAAGUUAAUGGAACCCCCUUUCGCGCUGUCACACACGAGGAAGCCCUCAAGCCUUUUUCGAAACAGAUGUUAAAGUCUUGUCGAACAUUGAGCAUGACAGUGCGUGGACCAGCCCUUGAUCCAAGAUGUCGUGGUGGUCAUCCAGUCUGGUCGGGUUCUGGUAGACAGCAGUCCUGCUCCUGGAUGGAUCGCCAGGGUCGUCCAGCAUCGCCACCGCCCCUUCAUCCCCGUGACUCCCGCUACGGCUCCCGAACCCGAAAAGUAGAGCUCUGUAUCGAGCCAGGCCAAUCCCUAGGGCUGAUGAUAAGGGGAGGACUGGAAUACGGUUUAGGGAUCUACGUGACUGGGGUUGAUAAGGACAGUGUGGCUGAUCGUGCUGGUCUCCUGGUUGGCGAUCAAAUUAUCGAGGUGAAUGGAACGAGCUUCGAAGAGGCCACGCAUGAUGAGGCUGUACAGAUAUUGAAGACUAACAAACGCAUGAGUCUCGUGAUUAGAGACGUUGGUAAAGUUCCUCAUUCGUGUACGACGAGCCGGCCAAUCGUCGUACCAAGCUCAAGGUACCAGGACCAUGAUCCUCAAAUGAUACUGGAGAGCCCUGGAAAUCGUCCUCCAAGCCCUUCUAGCAGUACCAGUGAAUGGAGACAUCGGGUGCAUUCAGUCUCCUCAGCAACUGCGGCAAUGGUAGAGGAAAAAGCUCGGGUAGUCCUAGCCAGAAGUGAGCGGGCAGCCCUUUCCCAGCUUCUGGCGGACUACAGGAUACGAAGGCUAACGAUAGAGGACCUAGUGGCGUCCUUGGCAGAUCUUCUGAACACCCACGAAAAGCUCACUCUCCUCACUGAACUCAGGGAGCUCGUUGAGAGUAAAGACAGGGCGGCCUUCGAUGACCUCGUCUAUCGCCCGAGGGCCACCAUGACUCGAAGAAAAGGCGACAGGGCACAUUCAGAUCUUGUGGUAACUCCGUCUAUUCACGAUCUUCCGAGGGGUGGCGGUCGACCGGGGCGGCUGGUGGACGUCGAGGGAGAUCCUCUGGGUGUCACUGGACCCCUGCUGACGCGGGACAAUCAGGAGUACCGAUCACCGAGCGAGGACAGCGGACUAGGGUCUGAUAUGCCCAGAACUAGGCCGGGCUGCAGACGUGCCCAGCAACAUCAGGUAGCCACAUCCGACCUCGCCCUCUCCAAUGAUGAUGAGUGCGACAACCAGGAUUACGAGGACGAGAUUGAGAGCGACCGCGGCAGAAGGCACAGUUCCCCCAGUGGCUCCCGAGGCAAUCCCCGAGAUUACGCGCAUCAUCAUCUGCAUCCCGACAAUUUGGAGAGCGACGGCGGUUGCGAAGGUAGCGACGCUGAGAUGAUCACUAAUGGUCGUCGUGAGCGUGAUACUGAGCAUGAAGACGAAGGAAGGGAAGAGAGGAGCUCGGAGGGUGGAGGUGGGGGAGGUUUCGGUGGUUGGAGGUCCCACCUAUUUGGUGGUCUUACUCAACGCGUCAGGUCCUGGUACUGGGGCGCCAGACCCCUCGAGCUGGCCCAUAAGCUCUCGAGGAGCUUCGACAUGCAGGAAGCGCAAUUACUAGAGGAUGGAAGCAGCACUGGUGGUGCCACUGGUGCGUCCGGUGCUGGGGGCCCUCCCCGAAGACAUCACAGCGCACAAAGGCUCGCGAGGAGUGAAAUAUCAGAGAGGAGGGAAGAGGAUGGAGCACUCGUUGUGCCUGAUCACCAAGGAAAUCUCAGGAUUACAGUCAAGAAGACCAAAUCGAUACUGGGAAUUGCGAUAGAAGGAGGAGCCAAUACCAAACAUCCUCUACCUAGGAUAAUUAAUAUACAUGAUAAUGGAGCCGCUUACGAGGCCGGUGGUCUUGAAGUCGGUCAGCUCAUCCUCGAGGUUGACGGGCACAAAGUAGAAGGAUUACACCAUCAGGAAGUAGCACGACUCAUAGCUGAAUCCUUCGCGAGGCGUGAUCGCAAUGAGAUUGAAUUUCUUGUUGUUGAAGCAAAAAAGAGUAAUCUGGAGCCAAAGCCAACGGCUCUUAUAUUCCUGGAGGCGUAGCAGGAAUCUCCCACCUCCGAGCCGGAACCACCGUAAAACACCUUGUGAAAAUCGUGAGAUUCAACUCCCUUGCAUCCAUACAUUUCUCCCUUCCCCGCCCCCUCCCCUGUUUAUUCCCUUCAUUCUUGGUGCUUAAUCGAGACCUCAGGGUCAUCGUGAUCGAGGUACAGCGAUGUUUAACUGCAACUACAGGAAAAAUAUGCUCCUAAACAUUAAAAAUACAGUAAUAAUAACGAUGACAAACAUUCAUAAGAAAAUCCAAAAUGUUCUCCUCGACAAUGAAACGUAAAAUUGUGAUAUGUUUGAUACAUAAUAAUUCUAGAACGUUGCGAGAUACCGCAAUGUGGCAUUGAAGAGGUUGACAUGCAUUAUAACUUUUUUAUUUCAAAUAUGCAUGAAAAAUAUAUACUUAAAGUGAAUAAAAAGCAUUUCGUAGGAGGAAAAUAACUAAAAAAACGACACAGCGAAGAAUGGGAAACCUAAUACCUCGACCAAUUGACCAAUUAAUAAACCCAUCAUUCCUCAUUUUUAUACCCAACGAAUUUCAUAGUUAAUCCGGCGGAUGGUGGGAAACUAGCAAACUGAAAAAUAAAACGGCUUAAAUGGCCGAAUGUACCUCAACGAUGCGCUGAAAUGCAACGUAAAGGCGACAAUGGUCAUGUAAAUCCCUCAGCAGAUAUUCAAAAGUUGAACCUAAACAAGUGAAAAGAUUACGAUUCUUUUGCGCCAAUAUUUGGCAUACAUAUGACAUAUUUGACAACUGAAAAAUCUCCGUAAUUCCGAAUUACGAAAUACUAGAGAUGGAAUUUUUUCAUAAUUUUCCCCGACAUUUUGCGGAGAAAAAAAGCGGAAAAUGUAUGUUAAAUCGUGUUGCGAGAGGGAUCAUAGUCACGCCAAAUAAAUAUAUAAAGAAAGACGAAUACGACGAAAAAUUGCAUCAAAAAAUUUCUGGUAAUGAUAACCGAGAAGAGUCGCCAUUUGUGCCAAAAACACACUCGAGGAUUUCUUUCAUAAAGAAAGCAUUAAAAAAUCUUUAAAAAACACAAACACUUGUUCAAAGUUAAAUUGAAUGCUUGACACGUACAGUGAAAACAAAAUUUGGAUAAAUUAGCUCCUAAUAUCGAGUCUGACUAAAGGCGAGAAAUUAAAAUGUAAAAAAUAUGGGAGAAAAAAAUUUUAAAAAAAUAUUGACUAAUUCAUUAUCAAAGCAAUCAAAGACGCGAGCUGGCCUUGACUGUCUACAAUUAGUAACCCCCUGUUUCGUUUUUCUCAUAGCAAGAUUUAUGACUCAUUUUAUAUGUAAAAAAAAUAUUUGUUUAAUGUGAACGUGAGAAAAAAAAUGAAAACAAUUUAUUGGUCGAGCCAACUCGAGUACUUUGACCUGAUACCAAUAGACUUAUUUACUGGAAUUGUUGAGGCUUAAAGAUUAUUAUGAAUAAGUGUAUAUAUACUUGAAGUACAGAAAAAUAUUAAUUAAAUAUGAUAGGAUUGGACAAUUAUUAAAGCUUUUCAGCGUUGAAGAAAAAUUCAGAUCAACUGUUUAUUGUAAAAAGUGGGAAGAGGAGGUUUAAUUCAUGAAAUAGAAACGAAUUCAGAAUUUCAGAGAUCAAACAAACUGAAGAAAUACAUUUCUGUUGAGAGAAGACUACAAUUUUUUUUCUUUUCGAAUUCCCAGUUAUUGGCGCAAACAAAUCAGCAACAAAUACUUGCUUUACCCUAAUGAUUUGUUUUUAGAGAUAUAGGAUCGAUCUUCAAUGCAUGAGGAGUCCCACUUCAAUAGCCCGUGGCAUUGAAACCUCCUGGUGGUCUCCUCUCAACAACAGGAAAAAACAUCACGGUUAUUAAUUUUUAUCAUCCAACUAAAAUUGGAAGAAAAUAAUUAUCCAACUGUUAUCGACAUAAACCACAAUUACUAUAAUUUCUGUAGUUCUUUCUCAAUGUAAAAACAACGGUACUGAGCACUACAUUGGUAGAGUAACUUUUAGAUAAAAAAAAAGCCCACAAACUGUCGAUCACACUCAACAAGAAUCAUCACUAGUUCUGCACGACACACCCAUUGCCGAUCCAAUUAGCAGAUAGACGGUAAUGUGCCAAAGUCAUAAAAACCAAAAGUUCAAUGUGGUAAAAUUGAAUAAAGCUGAAGUAGUCUAGUAGAUCAAUAAACCCUGAAGAAAUAAUAAGGUGAAUAACAUUGGCCGGAAAAAUCAAGAUUAAAAUAAAACGAAGGAGACUAGGGCAUGGGGUCACCACCAACUACACAAAUAAUAUUAUUUCAUCACCAAUUCUAUUGAUUUAUGAGUAGUACGCACAAAUCGUCUGAAAUUCGCACCAAGUUAGCAAAAACUCAAAUUCAUAAAUAAUGAUAACGAAUGUAAUCCAGAGAAUAAGAACAGGAUCAUGAGCACUGACCGAUAUGAAGUUUAACCGAAACGAAUGAUAACAGAUGAAUAUUUUUGUAAGCGGCUAUAUCAAAGACGCUCGCUCAGGCCAGACAAUUUCAGCUGACAUAUCCGACAAUGCCUUACGCUUUAUGUGUUGAUGAUAAACGUGCGAAAGCCUCAAAUUUGGGGGUAAAAUGUGUCUGCAGUAAAUAUUAAUAAUGACAAUGUGAAAACGAAAAUUCAACCACAAGCAUAUUCAACCCCGAUUGUCAGAUUAAAGAGAUCAACAGAUAAAAAUUUUUUAGAUCAGCGUCAGUGAAAAGUCCUCACGAAUGAUGGAAAAUUAAUUCGUUGAUAAUUAGGAAAUUAUGUAGAUUAUUUUAGAGAAAUCCUCGGAUGAUGUUUCGUUGUCUCGUACCUUGUUAGAGAUUAGAACUAGAUGACUCCAACGAAAAUGUAGAAAGAAUAUUGUUUACUCAUCAACGUAGAGAAGCUUCACCUCCCCUUCCCAAAGUGUAUUCAUUCAUGUGAAUGAUGCAUCGAAGAGUCCAGGUAAUUAGAAAGUUUUGGAGAUGACGAGAUGUGUUAUCAGAGCGUCAAUAACAAGUUCAAUGAUUCACUGAAUAUAAAAUUGAUAAAAAAUUCAAAUACUUAAGUUGAUAACGUUAAAACCGUGUAUAUAAUAUAUAAAUAAAUUAUACCUAAGCGCUCGUUCAUACUGCAUUUCAUAGUCCGGUCGGAUAUAAAAAUAAAUAUACAUAAAUUUUUGCAGAGUUUAACGCGUUAAUGACAUAAGGAGAGUUUUUCGCCGAAUUAACGUUUGUUUGUUUAAUACGGUUAUUUGUUUGUGCGCUGAUUGAUAUUCAUUAGAUGGAAUGUAAAAAGAAAUCAUGAAGAAUAUAAACGUGUAAUUAAACACCA